AUGUCUUUCCAAGAUAAAGCUCAACAUCAGAUCUCCCAGAUCGAUAAGGAGCUUUCGAAGUACCCCGCCCUCAAUAAAUUCGAGCAACAGACCAGUGUUCCCAAGGUCUAUGCCUUCCUCGGCCUCGUCGGCCUUUACUUCUUCCUGGUCUUCUUCAACAUCGGAGGAGAAUUCCUUGUGAACUUCGCCGGGUUCAUUAUUCCGGGAUAUUAUUCCCUGGAUGCGCUCUUCAGUGCCAACAAGGUGGACGACACUCAGUGGUUGACGUACUGGGUUGUCUAUGCUUUCCUCACUGUGCUUGAGAGCGUGAUCAAUGCCGUCUACUGGUUUCCCUUCUACUACGUCUUCAAGUUUAUUCUGAUCCUUUGGAUGGCCCUCCCAGUCACCAACGGCGCCCAGAUUGUCUUCAACUCCUUCCUCCACCCCAUCUUUUCCCGCUUCUUCAGCCAGCCUGCAACCACUUCCGCCGAUGUCCGAGGAAAGGCCGAUGCCGCUUUCAAAAGCCAGUAG